CAACACGCGACGGGUGCAUAGCCCUAUUUGCUAGUUAGAUAGUUGGAAGUCCACGUUGUUUUAUCCUUUUAUUCUUCAUUAAUUUAAGACUUACUACCACUUAAGACAAAUGCUUUGAGGUGCGAUGUAAUCAUUUUGGCUGGAUGUCUUUGAAUCCUUGUGAGAGCGUCCUUUAAGCGGUUGUUUUAUACUAUGGCCAAGCUGUGGCGUGAGGGCCACUCCACGGCCAUCUUGUGUGUGUGCGCGUCACCGGGCCCCGAGGGGCUUGUCGCCUCAGGUUCCGAAAGCGGGGAGGUCGCCGUUUGGAGCCAAGAAGGACGUAUCGUCGGUCGCCUCAACCUCCCGGGCAAGGAGGACUGCACCAGUUUGUCAUUUUCUCCCGCAGCACCAAGCCUGCUUUACGUUUCCCACGGUGACACGGUGAGGUCGCUCGAUCCGAGGAACCUGAAAGGCCCCGUGGAGGAGUUUGUCGGAGUCGGGGAAGAGGAGAUAAACGCGUUAGCGUUAAGCGAGAGCGGUUCGACUUUGGCGCUCGCUGAUGACUCGGGGGCGCUGCGGAUACUGGAGCUCCCCGGGGGGAAAGUGUGUCGGACGCUUCGCAGACACACCAACAUCUGCUCCUCGGUGGCUUUCAGGCCUCACAGGCCCAACAACCUGCUGUCUGCUGGACUGGACAUGCAGGUGAUGCUGUGGGGUCUACAGAAGACACGGCCCAUUUGGACCCUCAACCUCCAGGAUGUUGCGGAGGAGGAGGAAGACCACCAGCAGGGUCCCGGUCAGCUUUUUAACCCUCCGCUAGCCCACUGCGUCUCCGUGUCCAGCUGCGGAAACAUCGUGGCUUGCGCCGCAGAGGACGGCCGGGUGCAUUUGAUGCGUGUGGGUGGCGGCUCCAAAUUGGAGCAGCAGGGGGCGCUCAAGGCCCACAGCCAGGCCGCCUCCCAAGCUCAUUUCAUCCCGUUCCUCUCCCACCCGUACUGGCUUGCCACGGGCGGCAAUGAUGGUCGUGUGUCUCUGUGGGAUGUCAGCAAACACCCCGUGGUGGCUCCGGAGGGGAAAGCUAAAGUCAAGGAAAGGAAAAGGAAAGACAAAAGCAAGGUGAAGAGGAAAGAUGAGGCGGAAGCGACGGAGACGUCUGCACCGAAGGUGAACGUCCAUCAUGGGGAUAAAGUGAACUGGUUGUGUCCUGCUUUGCUCAAAGGAACGGCCAGUCUGCUCGUGGCAGAUCAGAGCUCCACUUUGACUGUCUAUCCUCUGCCCGAGGUGUAGAUUACGCCGAUUUUUAUUAGUGUGUCCCAACCCUAAACGUAAACAAAUUUAUUACAUCACCA